AUGCACGACAAACCCAUCACGGAGCAGACGGAUCCCGAGAUUCUGAGCGAUUACAGCCUUCAAUUAAACAGAUGGCUGCUCAAAUCCAUAGGUGCCUGGCCUAAGUCAUCCUCCACCACCAAAACGGAAUUAACAGUCUCAUUAAUUUUGACCGUGAUUGGCUACACCACCAUUUUGAUCACCGUAAUUCCCGCCAUCCUGCAGCUGAUUUUAGGGGACAUCGACUUGCAUACAAAGGUGGUACUUGUGGGUCCGAUGUCCCAUUGGUGUCUGGGCGGCAUCGGGUACACCAUGUUGCUGAUGCACGAUGAGGAGAUAAAAUGGUGCGUGGAACGAGUGAAAAACGACUGGCGGUCUAUAAUGAACCCCGAGAUGCAGCAGACGAUGAUCAAAAACGCGAAACUCAGUCGCUACGUGGUCUCCCUGUGCGCGAUUCUUAUGCAGAGUGCGGUUUUGGGCUUCGGUGUCGAGAAAGCGUUGUCCACGCAGGUCAUCACGGUCGGAAACGAAACUAAGGUCGUGCACAUGCUACCUUGUGCCACGUAUAGGAAACUGCUACCCGUCGACACCAGUCCCACUUUUGAAAUCGUUCUUGUCGCGCAACUUGUUUCCGGAUUUUUCGUGAACGGUACUUUCGCCGGUGCUUUCAGUUUGGCUAGCGCUUUUACACUGCACGCGUACAGUCAGCUGAAUAUACUCGCCACGUGGAUCACGGAAGCUGUGGAUCAGUCGAGUUUGAACGAUGUUGGGGCUAUCGUAAGAAAACAUUUGGCAAUUUUGAGUUUUAUAUCGCGUAUAGAGGCAAUAAUGAACGAGAUAUGCUUCAUGGAAUUGUUCAAGUGUACCUUUAGUAUAUGCCUGCUUGGAUUCAAUAUUAUUUUGUGCAAUAAAAUUGGUGAAGCAAUCUAUAUGUCGAAUUGGUACUAUUUAGCCGACAAAGAUAUUCACAAUCUAAUGAUGAUCAUUUCAAGAUCCUGCGUGGAGACUAAAAUCACCGCCGGGAAAAUAGUUCACAUGUCCUUCUAUACGUUAGCUUCUGUUAUAAAAUCCAGCUUUGCUUACACGAAUAUACUGCUGCAAACAACAUAA